ACUAUCAUUCGCAUCGCCCCAAACCUGUUGUCGUUCUCGGAUCCGGAAGCUGUGAGAGAAAUUUACAAUUCGAAAAAUUUCGUCAAGGCCGAGGGCUUCUAUCGUGCGAAGCGGAUCUUUCAAGAAAACCAUCUCCUCUCUUUCAGGGACCCUCUUCAGCACCAUCAGAGGCGAAAGCUCCUCUCGCGUGGCUUUUCCCAGGCUACUCUGACAGAAUUCGAACCCCAAAUAGCUUCCAAAGUGAGCACCCUACUUGACCAGUGGACCAAGCUAUCAAAGCAAAAGAACGCUAUAGAUGUGUACCCGUGGGCACACAUGUUUGGAUUUGACGUCAUCUAUCAUCUCAUGUUUGGAAUCGAUCCAGAAUCCCUGAAAAGGGGAAAAGAGAGUGACAUUAUGCCGUGGCUUAGGUCCUGGAGGCCAACUUUCAAUUACAAAGAACUUCUUCCACAGCUAGAGAAGUGGGGCCCCAGCGCCCCUGGAAAUGUUGGAAAGAACUUCCGCAAUGUCCAGAAAUGGAAAAUGUACGCAGUAGAUAUUGUCCGGUCAUUCCGCCAAGAGGGGAAAACCACACCGUUUCUGAGCCGGGUCCUUGAUGGGAUUGAUGAAUCCCUUGGUCGGCCCCUCACAGAUUCAGAACUUGCCGAGGAAUGUAUGGGUGGGAUGUUCGGUGGAAGCGGCACAACGGCAAAUACUUUUGUCUUUGCACUUUGGGGCACCUUAAGACAUCCUAAUGUUGUUCGCUGCUUGAAGAAUGAACUCAAAGCUGCUUUUCCGGAUCCAAAUGUCAUUCCCAGUGCUGUGGAAUGUGGAAAGCUAUCAUAUCUCAACACUGUGUUGCAAGAAACUUUGCGAUUAUAUCCAACGAUAAUUGCGAUCCUUCCACGGAUGGCCGUUCAGGACACCAUUCUGGGUGGUACUCGUAUUCCUAAAGGAGCAAAUGUGGGCAUACAGAACCUCACUAUUCAUCGAAAUGAGCAAAUAUAUUCAGAUUCAAAAGCAUUCUGCCCAGAAAGAUGGUCACAGACAAAUGAGGCCCAGAGAACAGCCUUCGUCCCGUUCUCAGUUGGGCCGCGAAAAUGCAUAGGAUCUAAUCUAGCCGAGAUGGAACUUCGAGUCCUUAUAGCAGCCUUUUUUCGACGGUUCAACGCGUCUAUCGAUCCUUCAAUGACGGAAAGAGAGAUGGAACUAUACGAUGGCUUCAGUGCCUCCCCGAUUGGAGGAAGGCUUCUGUUACAUUUGGAGAAAGAGGAUAGCUAG